CACAAAAGAAAGUUGGGAAGUGGAAUGUGGGGAAAACAAGUCACCCCAUACUCGGCGAUCGACACGUGGCCAGGCCGGCGGAGCGGAGGCAUGAUCGUGAUCACUUCCAUCCUGGGCUCCCUGCCCUUCUUUCUACUUGUGGGUUUUGCUGGUGCCAUUGUCCUCAGCCUCGUGGACACAGGGAGUUCUGACGGGGAAAUGACUCACGACUCCCAGGUCACUCAGGAGGCUGUUCCCAAGUCACUGGGGGACUCGGAGUCUUCCUACACAUCUGUGAACCGGGGGCCGCCGCUGGACAGGACUGAACCAUAUUCCAGCAAGCUCCAGGACUGAGCCCAGCGCCACCCCCGGGCAGCAGCAUCCUCCUCUCUGGCCUUGCCCCAGUCCCUGCAACGGUGGUUGUCACACCCUGACUUCAGGGAAGGUGAAACGGGGCUUGUCCCUCCAACUGCAGGAAAACCCUUAAUAAAAUCUUCCGAUGAUUUCUA